AUGAGAGUGGGUGUGGUGUUUUACAGUGCUUUAAUCCACACCCCAGCUCUUCCAAUUCCGGCUCUCCCUUCCCCCCCACCUCCGUGUUUGCUCUACGAAGAGCAGCAACAGCGGCGGCAGAACGAGCCCAGGCUGUGGGGAGGCCGCCCGGGCGAGCUCCAGCAGGAGGGUGCUGCGCUCCUUCCCCUCCUCUCCCUCGCGCGCACACCCCGCCGCGCCUGCCGCUUCCCGCCUCGCUCGACUCCUUCCAUAGUGGGAGCGACACUUCCCCCCCCGCCCUCGCUCACCGCCGCGCGCGUUUACACGGCAGCGGCGGCCGCCUCAGCCAGCAGCAACAACCGUGCCCACCGCCACUCGCUCUUUCCUCCAGCCCCAGCGGCACGUUGGGAGUUUAUUCUCCUCAAGCAGUUUCUUCCCGCGCUGAGG